AUGGGCCGCGCCGCCCGCACCAAGACCUCGAAAGCCGCGGUCAAGCACACGCUCAAGCACGCGAGAUCCCCGGAGGGCCUCGUCGUGGGCAUCGAGGCCCUGGGCCUCCACGAGGCGGCGAGCGACGACGAGGACCUCGAGGCCGUGGCGGCGUCGCUGAGCAGCUCGGUCGACGCCGUCGCGGCGUCGCUCGCCACGUCCGGCCUGGGCAGCGGCCUCGGCAGCGGCAUGGACACGACGCACCACGGCCGCGAGCGGCGGCCCGCGCCCGGCCCCACUCCCCAAAAUCCGACGACGCUCGAGGACGAGUUCCUCGAGCACGGCGUCCGCGUCGUCGAGGGCGACUGGGCCGCGCCACGCCGCGCGGGCGCCCGCGCCGUGGGCCUGGCGCGCCUCGAGGCGGCGGGGCUGGCCGUGACGGCCGUCGCCUUUCUGGACCCGCGCGACGCGGCCUUCACGUGCGUCGUGGGCCAGGGCGCCGUGCCGCUCGACGCGCUGCUGCGCGACGCGGCAAUCGCCAAGGCCCACCACGGGCCGCUCGCGGGGGCGCACUGCGUCGACGUCGCGGCGCUGUCGCCGCCGCGGCCGCCGCCGCCCGUCGAGAUCGGCAUCGCGCCGCCCGCGCGCCAGACCCUCGCGGACCUCUACGGCUUCGCCUACGCGGCGCGGCCCGUCGAAGCGUCGCACGUCGACGGCGACGUCGUGCGCCGGUCCGUCUCCCCGCACGUCUACCUGCGGAAGCUCGCGCGCGCCCGCGCCUUCGCGACGCUCCUGACGCACGCGGCGCUGUCCGCGAUGGUGAGCAGCGGCGACACGCGCAUCGACGCGCUCGUGACGGUGGCCGCGGCGCGGCGCCACCGGCGGCAGCGCCGGCGGGCCCGGGAGGCGGUCAGGAUGGCGUCGAAGGGCCGCUGCACGGCCGCGUCGUUCUUCAGGCGGUUCGUGGCGCUGCGCCGGGCGACGCUGGUCCCGCCGCCCGCUGCGAGCGCGAGCCGCUUUCCGCCGCCGCCCGUGCGCGCGGCGCAGCCGAACGCGCUGGACCUCGGGCGGGCCCAGGCGGCCGUGCUGGGCGUCGCGCCGCCGGCGACGCCGCCGCCGAGCCAGCGGUCGCCCGACGCGGGCCCGCGGUCCGCGCCGGAACUGCCCGCGCGGCGGCGGGGCCGGCUCGACCCCGGGGCGGACUCGAGGUUCCUCACGUGGGGCGACGACUACUCGCCGCCGCAGUCGACUCGGUGA